AUGUCGUUUGGUGUUUUGAACAGCUACUCGCUCUCCUCCAUUUCUGAUACCUUGCCGGCCAAUACGACUUACCUGUCACCCGCGUCUAGUAACUGCGGUAACUCCGUGUCGCCUCGUCUAUUCACAAACCUCAAGACGCUGUACCUCGUUUGUGACCAACCGAUCUCCCCCGAGCUCUAUACCAUCAAUGAUCCCGAUAAUAACACCACUCUAGGAACACCAGAUAUUCUCUAUAAGGGUGUUACGAUUCCCUCUGGACAACGGCUUGCCACAGUGGGCGGAGGACCAGGGCAGGGACGCUUUCUACUUUAUCGCACGGUCGAUGGAAAGUUUUUUGCCGUACCGUUGGAUGGGCCGGAUCACGCUACCGUUAAUAUCGGCAACAUCACAGUCGAUGACACAUCUGGUUCCGACCUUGUAUAUCCAUCGAGUGGAGCAAGCCCGUCCUUCACGGCAGAAGUUGUUGGGUCCAUUUCUGCCCUUGUUAUUGUUGGAUUCUUGGCUGCAUUCUUUUAUCGCAGGAGAAGACGGUUACUGUCGAAUCUGAAAGGUUUACAGACUGAGGUAGGUACUGCUCCGAGCACCCCUGCCGAUAUCGACAACAAACCGACAGCACCAGUGGGAUCAAAUGCCCAGCAGCAACCCGAAAUGUCGACUCCUCCCGUCGGCUCGCACCUCCCGUCCGCGACAAUGUCGUUGCCAUCCACCUCAACUCCAACAACCAUCCUGCCCAUGGCUCCCAUCCCCUCUACAUCUAACCAUCAGUCUGUUCAGGACCAGAUGCAGACACUCCAGUUCUCACAACAUCCUCGCCCCACUGUCGAAAACAUCCGGCCCACCAACAAUAUCACUGUCGCCAGUUCCUCUGCUUGGCAGCCCACUCCAUUUGUUCCACCCGCAGCAGCUCAGAGGACCCGUGCGCCCGAGGUGACCAGUUCUGAUCCUACUCCGACAAAUGCAUCGUCGCCACCUCCACCCAUCCCACACGGUUCAAAACCCGGGUAUGAAAUCGAAUCUGUUGGAACCCCACCCACUGUUCAUCAUCCGCAUACAUAA